AUGCGUAUCACUACCACCACUGAGGACACUGGCUUGUCCGAAUCCACUUAUGAACUAAUCUCGGGCACCGAUACCGAGUCUCAGGAUGGAAACUACACUGAGUCUAUCAGCGAGUCUGUCGGCUCCCUCGACGUACACUACCCCGAAGACGUCCAUAGCCUCGCCGGCACUGAGCAGACAUGCGAUGACGAAUCUCUAGCCGAUGAGAACGAAUCCCCGGUUUUACAGUGUGCACAUGAGCCACAAUCUAUGUCGGUGUCUGAAUCUAUGGACAUAAAUGAAACUCCACGGGCAGAGCAAAGCUGGGCCUCAGUCGUCAAAAAUGGCCCUCUUCCUGAGGUCGAGGCAGAAAUCGAGGCAGAAGAAGAGCCCGAGCUCGAGCCCGAGACUGAUGCCAAAGCUGAGCCUGAAUCUGAGUCAGAGGAUGAAGCUAGAUCUCGAAGCUCUCUUGAGUAUACUCAACAAAGCCUCAAAACCCCAUCGAUCCCCAGCCCUGACGCUAGCAUGACUGAAGACAGCCAGAAGCCGUCUCCUGAUGAUGUCCAAGAGCAGGCCGAGAGCCAGCGAGCGCGAUUCAACAAAUGGUUGAAUGAAGUUCAGCCCCAGACGACCCGUCCCCGGGAGGCAAUGAUCGAAUUCGCAAAAUCUAUCUUCCCUUCGGUCCUCGCCCUUGUCUUGAUGUUGUUGAUCCACACCUACUACACUCCACAAUCGAAAGAAGUCGUACCCCACACACCCGCAGCCACCUCCGCUGUCACAACUCACCCCACUCUGUUGACUUCAAGUUAUACUUCAUUGCCAACAGUGCCGGUUCUUUCAACAUCAGCGGGACUUACAGGUCUUGUACCUCUGGAGAAUCUCCGACCCGAUGAGUGGCUCUGGGGUACCAAGCAGCCCGAGGUGACUGUCACCAGACAGCGAGGUGGCUUUUUAAUCCACAUGCCUCGAAGUGCGAAGAAACUAUGGCUUGACCGUGACUGUCUCAAGUUCGACGCCAAGCGAGGUGAUCAAUCCGUUGGGUUUGGUACCUCAUCUGUCGACGAAGGCAUUCUUCUCAAGAUCCCCAGGGAGGAAGCCCAUGGAACGAUCAAGAUUGACAUUUUUACCACUUGUCGACCCAAGGUUCACAAAGUCCUCCGUAUCACCUUCCAGAAGGGACUUAUCUCAGAGGCUUUGGACUCGACCUGGGCCUUUGCACAACACUUUCCAGAUCUUGUCCCCGCUGCUGCUCAAGAGGCAGAGCGGUGUCUUGGGGAAGCCAAACGCUCCUUGGAAACAGCCUCUGACAAUUUCAUGAAUACGUCUGACAGCGUCUUCAAGAACUUGGAACAUAGAUUCCAAAAGGCCCACCGAUCUUUGAGCUGGAUCAAGGCCGAUAUCAGAGAUCGUGCCAAGAUGGCGACAGAGGGCAUCUCGAGGCAACUGGAGGUUGUUGUGGGCGACGUCAAGCUGUACAUGCCUGACACACAAGCGAUGCAACAACAAGCAAAGUUGGAGUUGCUGAAUGCUCAGAUCCAAGCUAGGCUCUGGUGGAUCAAGUACACUGCAGGAGAGAAAGAGUAUACUCGCUACCAAUGUGCGGCCAAGCAGUUCAUGGCCAAAAAACUUGCAAACGACAGGAAACUUCGAAUGACAAACAACGAGACCAUUAAGGCGUCUUCUUUCGAGCAAUUCUUCCGUGCUUGGUCCUCAAAGAACCACCGGGACACCGGAGAAGGACAGAGGGUAUAG